UGGGCGGCCUCGGAGGUGCGGCAGCAGUCAGCGGCAGCAGCAGCAGCCGGGUACCCGCCGGGCCACCCGCUGUACGCGUACGGCUACCGCCUGGUGGACCCGCGCAGCCUGCUGCCCCGCGGGCCCGAGGAGCCCAAGCCGCAGCACUCGUACAUCGGGCUGAUCGCCAUGGCCAUCCUGAGCAGCCCGGACAAGAAGCUCGUGCUCAGCGACAUCUACCAGUACAUCCUGGACAACUACGCCUACUUCCGCUCCCGCGGCCCCGGCUGGCGCAACUCCAUCCGCCACAACCUGUCCCUCAACGACUGCUUCAUCAAGGCGGGCCGCUCCGCCAACGGCAAGGGCCACUACUGGGCCAUCCACCCCGCCAACCUCGACGACUUCAGCCGCGGCGACUUCCGCCGCCGCCGCGCCCAGCGCCGCGUCAGGAAGCAUCUCGGGCUGCCCGUGGAUGACGACUCAGAGCCCGAGCCUCCUCCCCGCCGCACACCAGCGAGUCCCCCACCGGCGGGCGCAGCGCCGCGCCUCACCUCCACGCUGCACUUCAUCAGGCCCAAGCGACAGUUUGAUGUGCUCAGCCUCCUGGCGCCUGACCAGCCGCCGAUCCUGAAGGAGGCGCCCGAGGCAGAGACAGAUGCCGUCUGUUUGGAAAUCAAGCCUUCUUUGUGUGACGCGACGCGGCCCGUCCCUGCCACGGGGCUGUGCUGAGGCCAGGCCGCGGGAGGCCCGGCCCGACCACGACCACAGGCUGGAGCCAAAGCAGGAGCCUGGCAGCGGCCCGCCUCCACAUGGCUCAGACGUGCGGCUGGUGUUGCGCCCCCCCGCCACCCUGGCCAAGACCACAAGCCCCCUGAGGUGAGCAGCAGCAGCAGCAGCGCGGGGAGCCAGGGUGACGCCAGGCCGCGGGAGGGCAGGCGAGGUCUCGAGACCCAUGCCCUUCUCUGAGGCCUACAUCAUCCCCUCGCCCCCUGUCAAGCACGCCCCCUGCUCCCCUCCCUCCACUACAACAGCUCCAGGUGCCGCCCAUGUUCCACCCACGUCCUAUCCACGUCCAUCGCUGCUCACCUGAGCCGCGCCGCCCAAGCUACACGCCAUCACCUGCCGCCCCCACUCAUCCCUCCAUCGCCAGUGCGCCCCUCUCGCCUGCAGGGCCGCCCCCUGGGAAGGAGGACCAACCUGGUGCUGUCCACUCUUAGAAACUCAUAAAGUAAACACUGAGCCA